UCGACUUUAUAUAUUUUUGAAUUUUUUUUUUCCAGAUAUUCAUUAAGAUCCCUACAAAGAUGCUCUUAAUGUGGCACAUAGCCACAUAUACAUACAGUCAUAAGUCAUAACCAUCAACAUUAUCAUAUAUUCAAUUACUAUUCACUCAAAAUAUUAUCAUUCCAUCUUGAUAAGAUCUUGCUCUAUCUUCUAAUCAUAAUUUUUUCUAUAUGUAAGGAAGUAAUAGAUUGUGUUCCCCAUAUAUAUAUUUACUAUUAACGUUUAAUGUAAUCCUCUGAUUUUGUUGCUCUAUAAAUAAGAAGCUCAAACGCUUCAGUUUGCUCCAACAAAUCCAAAAAGAAAGAAAGAAGAAAUCAGAUCAAUGGCGUCUAGGUUUCUGAUCCCUUGUAUCUCUCCUCUCUUUCUAUUCUACUUCUUCCUCGCCAUCUCAAGUACUCAGACUAAUGCAUUUCACGAUGGACAAAAGGUCUUCGACGUCAGAAACUACGGUGCUCGUGGCGACGGCAAAACAAACACAUACAAUGCUCUUGCGUUUACAAAAGCGUGGAACGACGCUUGUCAAUGGAGUGGUGGAAGAUCAACGGUCUAUAUUCCCGCAGGAAAAUUCUAUCUCGAUCAAAUAACGUUCUCUGGUCCUUGCAAAAGGCAUGUUACUUUUACAAUCAGAGGAACGUUGUUGGCUCCUCGGAUCCUUUACGCGGACAAACGAGCAGAAUGGAUCGCUUUCCGUUACGUCGAUAACCUCACCGUUAACGGAGGGGGAAUACUUGACGGUCAAGGAUCUUACUCUUGGCGCCAUCUAAAUGAUUGUGACAAAAACCCUAACUGUCGUGCUCUAGCUAUGAACAUUGGGUUUUCUUUCGUUAGAUCCGCGAGGGUUAACGGUCUAAGAUCGAUCAACAGCAAAAUGGGACACUUCAACUUAUACGCAGUCGAGAAUUUUAACAUUACCCGCGUCAAAAUCACCGCUCCCGGAGAUAGCCCUAACACUGACGGAAUCAAGAUCGGGAGGUCUAAGGAUAUGCAUAUUUCCAACGUCAGUAUCGGAACCGGUGACGAUUGUGUCGCAAUUCUUGACGGAACCACCAACUUGGAUAUCUCUAAUGUCAGGUGCGGACCAGGGCACGGGAUUAGUGUCGGGAGCAUUGGGAGAUUCAAAGAAGAGAAGAGCAUUGAGGGCAUAACCGUAAGAAACUCUGUACUCAAGGGUACAAUGAACGGUUUAAGGAUCAAAACAUGGGCUAAGUCGGCCUCGGAGAAUUCGGUUUCGAAAUUCUUGUUCGAGGAUAUCCAAAUGAUCAAUGUUCGAAACCCCAUUGUCAUCGACCAGCAGUAUUGUCCACACAACCUAUGCGACAGUCCUGGAAAGUAUAAUUCUCAUGUUCAGAUCAAAGACGUGAAGUAUACCAGCAUUUGGGGAACGUCGGCGACUCAAGCGGCUUUGAUGCUGCAGUGUAGCAAAGCGUUUCCUUGUCAAGGCGUUGAGCUCUCAGACAUCAACUUGGUGUACAAAGGACGCAACGGGUCAGUCACGGCUACGUGUGAGAACGUUGGUGGUUGGGUUUAUGGGAAGAUCGUGCCUGGUGAUUGCCGGAUGCGAUGAUCUAAAACUAGUCCUGUGUUAGGUUUGGAUUUUUAGAUUGUAAUAUUUCGUAUACAGCCAGGUUGUCCUCGAUCUAAUACUGAAGCUUAUCUAAAACUUUAUUAAACUCCAAACAUAUUAAUAAUAGUUAAAACACAAAAUUGUGAUGUCUAGCGUCUCCAAAAGGGAC